AUGAGACAGUCGUGUCAUCGCCUGCUUGAGCACCAACAGGCCGGCGGGGACGAGCCCCCGUUUUACUCACCAAUAGAUCAAAUUUCAGUGGUACCUGAUCAUGUGGCCCGGGAGGCCGGCGGCAAGCUGACACGAUAUGCGCCGACGGAAGAGGACGAGGCUACACUCAGGGAACUUCUACUUAGCCUUCAGAGACAGGUGAGCGUGAUGAGCAUGAAUCUCUCCGCCAAGCUGGAUGAACUACAGCGCGGCGACCGGCAACUGGAGACCACGGUCGCGCUCUGCGAGAUCAGGACACAGCUGCAGGAGCUUACCAAGAGCGUCGAGUCAUGCCAAAGUGAAGUUUCUGAGGUCAAGCGCGACAUGGUAGCAAUUAAGCAGGAGUUGGACACGGUGCAGCAAGUGAAAGAAGAGAUCGAGGAGUUGCGAGAAUAUGUCGACAGGCUUGAAGAGCAUUCGCAAAGAAGAAAGUUGAGAUUGCUCGAGCAGGGACUUACUUUCUUCUUAUCGUAUGCUAUCUUAGCAGCAGUUCUUGGGAUGCUGCAAUUUGGUUACAACACUGGUGUUAUUAACGCUCCCGGCAGAAACAUCGAAAACUUUAUGAAAGACGUUUACAAAGAUCGCUAUGGCAAGGAUAUACACGAAGACACGGUGAAUAGGUUAUAUUCGAUAGCAGUUAGCAUCUUCGCUAUCGGUGGCAUGCUCGGCGGCUUCUCGGGUGGAAUGAUAGCUAAUCGAUUUGGAAGGAAAGGGGGUCUAUUGCUCAAUAAUAUCCUUGGCAUCAGCGGCGCUAGUCUUAUGGGUUUCACCAAAAUUUCUCACUGUUAUGAAAUGUUAUUCUUCGGCAGAUUCAUUAUAGGCGUCAAUUGUGGCCUGAACACAUCAUUAGUGCCAAUGUACAUAUCGGAAAUAGCCCCGCUAAACCUGCGCGGUGGAUUGGGCACCGUCAAUCAGCUGGCGGUAACUGUGGGGCUGCUGCUUUCACAGGUGCUAGGUAUUGAACAAAUACUUGGUACAGAUGAAGGAUGGCCUAUUUUACUUGGUUUGGCGAUCUGUCCUGCAAUUUUACAACUUCUUCUCUUGCCGGCCUGUCCAGAGUCUCCACGAUAUUUACUAAUCACGCGUCAAUGGGAAGAAGAAGCACGACGGGCUCUUCGGAGGUUGCGAGCUAGUAAUCAGGUUGAAGAAGAUAUUGAAGAGAUGCGCGCUGAAGAACGAGCCCAGCAAGCAGAAGCGUCCAUAUCUAUGCGAGAAUUGCUCUGUUCACCUACUCUACGGGCACCUCUGCUGAUCGGCGUCGUGAUGCAACUGUCACAACAACUGAGCGGAAUCAAUGCGGUGUUCUAUUACUCAACUUCACUGUUCACGUCAUCGGGAUUAACUGAGGAGUCAGCUAAGUUUGCCACAAUGGGUAUUGGUGCAAUCAUGGUCGGCAUGACGCUCGUCUCCUUACCCCUAAUGGACCGCACUGGACGCCGUACGCUUCACCUCUACGGUCUUGGUGGAAUGUUCAUCUUCUCAAUUUUCAUCACAAUCUCUUUCCUUAUAAAGGAGUUUUUCGGCUAUGUACAGGAAAUGAUAGACUGGAUGAGCUAUCUAUCCGUGGUGUCCACUCUCAGCUUCGUGGUUUUCUUCGCUGUCGGGCCCGGCUCCAUACCCUGGUUGAUUACUGCCGAGCUCUUCUCACAGGGCCCAAGACCGAGCGCAAUGGCCAUUGCUGUAUUAGUAAACUGGAUGGCCAACUUCGUCGUCGGAAUCGGCUUUCCAAGCAUGAAGGCUCUACUGGAAAAUUAUACAUUUCUGCCUUUUAGUGUAUUCCUUGCAAUUUUUUGGAUAUUUACGUAUAAAAAAGUUCCUGAAACAAAAAAUAAGACAUUCGAGGAGAUUUUGGCACUGUUCCGAAACUCAAACGGCAGGGACAGUUUCCGCGACAGCCGGCUAUAUGGGAGCAUGAUGAAUUGCGUGAACGCGCUCGAGCAGCAACUGCCGCCGCCGCCGCCACCGGCGCCUGUCGACGAGAAGCACGACUCAUUGUCGGAGCAGUCGUCGGGCGGCGGGGAAGCGGGACGACCGCCGCCACCGCUGCCACCGCCGCGAUUCCCUGCCCCUGGCAACGUCUGA